AUGGAGCUUUAUUGCCUGGAGUCGGACAUAGCCGUGAGAGCCCAGCCUGACCCAAACAUCCUCUAUGAUGACAGAGUGUUGCAAAGUUUAUUAACAGUUGAGGAAAGGUUUUUACCUCAAUGCUCAUAUUUCCAGCGGGUCCAGAAGGAUAUUCAGCCUUAUAUGAGACGAAUGGUUGCAGGUUGGAUGCACGAGGUGUGUGAAGAGGAGCACAGUAAUGAAGACGUCUUCCCUUUAGCCAUUAAUUAUUUGGACAGAUUUUUAGCAGUGGUGCCCACGAGAAAGAAUUAUUUGCAGCUUCUGGGAGCCGUGUGCGUUUUCCUGGCCUCCAAGUUAAAGGACUGCAGGCCGCUAUCAGCAGAGAAACUUUGCAUGUACACAGACAACUCCAUCGCACCACGGGAACUGCUGGACUGGGAACUGGUCGUGCUGGGGAAGUUGAAGUGGAACAUGGCCUCAGUCAUCCCAAAUGAUUUUAUAGAUCACAUUAUACGCAGGCUGCCCCUUCCCAAAGACAAGCUGGCGAUGGUCCGCAAACACACGCAGACAUUCAUUGCCCUCUGUGCCACAGAUGACCGCCUUGCCAUGAACCCCCCUUCCAUGAUCGCAACUGGCAGCAUGGGAGCCGCUGUCUGCGGCCUGCAGCUGGACCACACUGACCAGAGGCUGAGUCGAGACAACCUGACAGACCUGCUGGCCAAAAUCACCAACACAGAGGUGGAUUGUCUGAGGGCGUGCCAAGAGCAAAUAGAGCGUGUGCUGGCCGCCAGCCUGCAGCAGGGCCAGCAGUACCGGCAGGAGACCGGGGUCAGCGCAGGCAACAAGGCGAGAGAGCAGCAGGACCAGUCCAGCACCCCCACAGAUGUACGGGACGUCAACUUAUGAACUCCCACCACCGCCCGACUCACACAGCUCAUGACUGUCUACCAAUGAACUAACGAGAGCGAGGGGCCGUGAGCUGCCUGUUUCGUCAAGUCACCACACGGUUGAUGUCGUGACAAUCGAUGAACUUUUAGUAUAAGAAAUUCCUAGUUUUUCUCUUUUGUUUUGCCCCAUUCAUACCCGGUCGGGUGCACUCUCACCUUCUGUACGGGCCACAUGUAAUCAAACAAGCUAUUUAAAAAAUGGUAAAUUCUUGAAAACUUGAUAGUGCCUUAGGUUUCCCAGAAUGGAAACCUGAAUAUAUUUUCAUACUUGAAAAAGGAAAACAGCAUAAUUAUAUAAAAUAUAGUUAUUUCUUUUGAUACAACCUAGCAAAAAAAAUAGAUAAAUGUAUAUUUAGUUAGCAUUUACUUAUAUUACUCUUUUAUCAUCUUUAGCGAGCAAUUAUAAAUUCACAGUUUUAUCUGGGAUUUCCGCACUCAUUCGUGCAGGAGAAUUCCUCUAGUAGUGUUUUGAAAUGCUGAUGAUACAGUACAUGGCAUUUAAACCCAGGUGAUAAUCCAGCCAGAGGAGCGCUACUGUAGCUAGCUGCUCCCUCUCUCUAUCUAGCAUACUGUGCACCUGUAGCACUGCUUGGUAUUUAUGCUGAAAAGUGUUGGCUAGGAGUGGGCUGGGCCCGCUCACAGCGGACGGACAUGAGGGGCUUUGAGGUCUGCAGCGGCGGCUAUAGUUAGGUCAGUUACUAUGGUCUUGAUCCACAGACCAGUACAGUAUGUUGAUAGGACGAUAUGUACGUGUAUUAUAAUUCAGCGAGGCUACAUUUAUUAUUGUUCUGUUCCUGCUCAACAUGUAAGAGAGCAGUUAAGAGUGUUCGGGUUGCAAGUCAUGUUACCAGAGGAAAAGGAGAUUUGGCAAGUUUUUUUUUAUUUACCAGGUAGGAGAGGGAAUGCAAGUCGAGGGGUUUCGUGCAAGGUUUUUGUUGGAAAAGAGACGGAUGUGAAAAGCGGUGGAAAUACUAGGUAGAGUCUGGAUUGACGAACGAUAGCGAAACAGCAAGAAGUUGACUUUUUAAGCUAUAAAAUGUUUGUGCGCAGGAGGAUGAAGAAUCCCUCGUGACAGUUCGGUUGUGCUGCAGUUUCUCCUGUUAUCAAUUUUCAACCAUUUUUUAUUUGAGAGUGGGCGACUUGGAACCAUAUUGAUGCACUUUUAAAAACACACUCCUUAAGCAUGGUAAGGGGAUAGUGGUUGUGGAGAGUUCAGUGGGUUGUUAGGGUCUUUUUUUUUUUUCCUUUAAGUUAUUUGAUUUUUUUUUUUUUUUUUCUGGGCUGGAUUCCCACGGGGUAACGCACGUUGUCUUGAAAGCUACGCCCCGACAGGUGACUAGACAUAGGAUAAUCGGUGUUCUAGUGUAAUAGAAUAUAAACUAAGAAAAGCCAAGUCACUUGUAGACUUUUUUUUUGUUUUUGAUUCAGUCUAUUAUUUAACCUUACUUGAAUUUUUGUUCAUUCAUAGCCAAAACCUUCCAAUAGUUCUUUCAAAGAGUUACACACAUACUGUGUCCUGUAUUCUUGUUUUGCUUCUUCUUGUUAACUGCUUUCUGAACUGAAGUUUUUAAAACUGUCUUGUGAGUUUUGUUUUUUUUUCUCCAUAGGUAGGGGCGGGUUUACAUGGCGGGAAAGUUUGUCAGUUAAACUGUAUAUAACCAAUUUCUCCGUGAGCAGAAAUGCUUGAAAUCCUCAUUACAUUUUAGAACGAGAAAUGUAGUUUCUAAAUUGUAUUCAUGCAUGUUCUGUUGUGCAAAAAAGCCAAAUGUUAUUUCAAAAAAAAUGCUUUAAACAGAAAAAAAAAAAAGUUUGUGCUUUCAAAUGUUUUGUGUAUAAUUUGAGAGAUAAUUCCAAAGUGAGAAACUAGAUUAUACACAUCAUUCUCUUGCUGCUAUGAAGCUUUUUUUCUUUUCCAGUCUUACACAAAGAUGCCUUAUGUGAUUCACUUGUGUGCUGCUAUAUUAUGAAAUGUUGUAUAUGUAACAAGUCUUCUUUGCUUCUCUGUAUGUGUACUGGAGGGAACGUAACACAGUUAGGUGCGGGACUGGAAGUACUUGUUUGUUUGUUUUUUUUUUGAUUAGCAUAUUUUACUCUUUUAUUGUUUCAUUUGUAUCUUUAUAUUCUAUCGUAUUCUUGCUGCUUCUUUGUAAUGUUUGUGUACCUCAGGUUAAUUUGGAUGGAUAGAGCGAGAGCCUAUCUCGCAUUACCUCAUCAAACUUCACAUCACAUUUUCACUCUGAAUUUGUUGGACGGGUUUCACUUUUUUUUUUUUUUUUUCUGUCUGGAUGAGAGGAAGAACGGUGCAUCUUCUGUUUUAAAUCAAAAAAUGUCUUCCACUGAGCAGUUAUAAGUGCCUAUACUUUAAAAUAGGUUAUUUCAUAUAUCUAAGUUAAAAAAACAGCCUAUGCCGUAUGUUAUGUGUAUCAGAAAGACAAAAAAAAGUGUAUUUUUUUUUUUCCUUGUUGGAGUUUCAUUGGCAUGUUUCGAUCAGUUCAUUGGAGUAAAGUGGAUUAUUGGUUUGUUUUUGAGGUACCCAUCAGUCGAAGUUUAAACCUCGAGAAAUGUUUUAUCGUCGUUUAGUGUGGUUGUGAUUCAAAACUCCUCUCCCACUGCCCCCAUGCGCAACCACACAGUGUACCUCAAUUUCUCCUCAAUAAAUUGGCUGAAAUCA